AUGGUGACACAAGAUCCUUCAAGGCUGAUAUAUAAAAUUGGCUCUUCCCCAUAUUUUAAAAUAAUUGUUCGCAAUAAACUCCACUUCAAACAUGGUUUGGCAGUGGAUUCAAUAGGUUCUAGGGGUGGUUUGAUGUUACUAUGGAAGGAAGAGGUGGAUAUUUCAGUGCUUUCUUAUUCUACUCGGCACAUUCAUGUUGAAAUUAAGGAAGGGUCUGAUGUUUUUUCGUGGAAUUUAACCUGCUUUUAUGGUCAUCCUGAGGCGUCACAGAGGAAAUUUUCAUGGGAUUUGUUACAUUUUCUUUCUGGUUCGAUACAAUCUCCUUGGUUAUGUGUAGGAGAUUUUAAUGCCAUUUCAAAUGGUGGAGAGAAAGUGGGGGGUAGGGUCAGAUGUGGUUCAUUAAUGGAUGAUUUUAAUAAUGCCUUAGUAGAUUGUAACUUGUUAGACUUGGGGUUCAGGGGAAAUAAAUAUACAUGGAGUAAUAGGCGAGGGUGCCCUGAGUCUUUUAUUAAGGAACGAUUGGAUCGUUCUUUGGCUACUGUGGAUUGGUUAGUGAAGUGGGGUAGCUACCAAGUUGAGUACAUUAAUACUAUAUCAUCUGAUCACAGCUGUCAAUAUGUAUGUUGGGAUGAUCGAGUAUUACGAAGAGGUGCCCAUACUAAGCGAUUCCGUUACGAGCCGAACUUAGGAGCCAAGGAAAUGUGCAAGCAACUGGUGAGACAACAAUGGGUACGUAGACCUAGUAGGGAGGGUGGUCAUAUGGCUUUGAAAAGUCUGCAGAAUAACCUUCAACAAUGUGGCCCAAAAAUUCAGCAAUGGAUGGUCAAGGAGAGACAAAAAUAUAGCAACACAGAAAAAGUCCUGAAGAGAAGAUUGGAUUCCCUAGUUGCUAAUGAAGAUGCUGGUAAACAAGAGGAGAUAUCAGUAGUAAGACAGCAGUUAAAUGAAUUGCGGGAGCAAGAAGAAGAGGUGCUCAAAAAUCAGAGUAAGCAACAUUGGUUGCAAGCUGGCGAUCAAAAUACCAGUUUUUUCCGUACUAGUAUGAAAAUAAGACAGAAUUUGAAGCGAAUUGAUCAGAUAGUUGACGAGGAUGGGGGUUUGAGGAGUACAGAGGUGGGUAUCGCUGAAGCAUUUCAUGAAUAUUUUUCCAAUUUGUUCUCGGCAGGUAAUGAAGUGCAGGAUUACUCUUUUCUGGAUCCAGUAACAAAGGUGGUUGAUACGGAGAUGAAUGAAGAUUUAUGUAGAAUGGUUACUAGAGAGGAUGUGUGGGAUGCUGUACGUAGUAUAAGUAAUCAAAAAGCUCCAGGCCCGGAUGGUUUUUCUGCUGGAUUUUAUCAUAGCCAUUGGGAUACAGUGGGUGAAUGUGUGGUAGAAGCUGUGCUUGAAUUUUUUGCUUCUGGAGUUAUGGAGUCUGAUGUCAACCUUACUCAUAUUGCUUUGAUUCCCAAAACAAAAGAAGCACUCAAGGUAUCUGAAUUUCGCCCCAUCAGUUUAUGUAAUGUAUCAUACAAAAUUAUCUCAAAAAUCUUGGCAAACAGAUUGGGACUUAUAUUACAUAAAUGUGUACGAGGUAAUCAGUCUGCUUUUAUCAGAGACAGACUAAUUACAGAUAACAUCAUUGUGGCCUAUGAGGCGUUGCAUUCCAUGAGUUUAUUAGCCCGGAGUAGAACAAGCUAUAUGGCGGUGAAACUCGAUAUGAGUAAAGCUUAUGACAGGGUGGAAUGGCAUUUUGUACAAGAGAUUAUGGUUCGUUUAGGCUUUUCUGAUGAAUGGCAAAAGUGGAUUAUGCAAUGUAUCAGUUCGGUGACAUACAGAGUCCUUGUCAAUGGUUCUUCUACGGACUUGAUUAUCCCAACAAGAGGUAUUAGGCAGGGUGAUCCACUCUCUCCUCUUCUUUUUGUCUUAUGCACGGAAGCCUUGAGUAGUAAUUUAAAUGCUGCGCAUGCUGCUCAUACUUUUCGUGGAUUCCCAUUUGGUAGAGGCAGGCUACGAGUUUCUCACCUGCUUUUUGCCGAUGAUAGCCUUAUUUUUUGCCGUGUCAAAGACGAGGAUUGGGAGUGUAUUUUCAGUAUUCUAACUGAGUAUGGAAGAGUCUCGGGUCAAAUGAUCAACUACAGCAAGACCAGUAUUUUUUUCAGCCGAUUUGCUUCUCCUCUACAGAAAGUACGGAUGAUUUCUAUGAUUGGGGCUGUGGAGGCAAAAAAUUAUGAUAGAUAUUUGGGGUUGCCGGCAAUCGUUGGAAGAUCACGAAAGUCGGCCUUUCUUUAUAUCUUAGAUAAAAUGAGGAAGAAGGUCAUGGGUUGGUCACAUAGAAACUUAUCCAAGGCAGGUAAAGAAGUUUUUAUUAAAUCUGUGUUACAAGCUAUACCCACGUAUGCAAUGCAAUUAUUUCAAUUUCCUAAGAGUCUUUGUACUGAGGUGGAUCAAAUCCUGCGUAAGGUGUGGUGGGGUGAUAAAUCUAAAAGUACUUAUAAAGCUUGGCUUUCUUGGUCUAAACUUUGUGAAUCAAAGAAAAAUGGAGGGAUGAGUUUUAGAAAUAUUGAGGCGUUCAAUGAAGCACUACUGGCGAAACAGUGUUGGAGAAUCAUUAUAAACCCAACCUCGUUAUCCAGUCGUGUAUUGAAAGCCAAAUAUUUUCCGAACUCUGAUUUCUUUAAGGUGGAGAAGAAGAGAAAUGCUUCUUACUUGUGGACAAGCUUCUUGAAUGUACGAUAUCUGAUAGAAGAUGGAUUGAGGUGGAGGAUAGGGAAUGGAGCAACAGUACAUAUUUGGGGGAAUAAUUGGUUGCCGAAACCAAUUAUAUAUAAUGCUAAUAUAGAAGAGUUAGGCAUUCCCAGGACAGCUAUGGUGGAUACUCUUAUAGAUUGGUCAAUUGGGUGGUGGAAUGUUAGACUAUUAGAGGAAUUGUUUGAUGUGGAAACAGCAAGUAUGAUAUUGAAACAACCAAUUGGGUCUCCUUAUGUUAGUGAUUCAGUAUAUUGGAAUGGGACAUCCAAUGGUUCAUACACAGUUAGAAGUGGAUAUUACCGUGCGAUUGAAAUAAGAGAAAGACCAUCUGCUUCUUGUUCGGAGCCAAUAGCAAAUCCUUGUACUACGGUUUGGACUCAUAUAUGGUCCUUGAAUGUCCCUCCUUCCACGAGGGUUUUUCUUUGGAGUGCAGUCCAUGAAAUAUUGCCUACUAAUUCUUUGUUACAUCAUAGGUAUAUUCUUGAUAACCCGGUUUGUCCAUUGUGUAGGCAGAAUAAUGAAACAACACUCCAUGCACUUUGGGAAUGCCCUUCGGCAAGAGAUGUAUUUUGUGUUAGUCUCCGAAAAUUACAAAAGCUGAAUUCGUACUUCAAUGGGUCCUUUGGGCAGUUUUGGAAUGAUAUAAGGUGUGUUCUUUCUACUCAAGAAGUAUCUACUUUGGCAAUCACAAUGCGGAUGAUCUGGUUAAGGAGAAAUAAGUUUGUACAUGAAGGGAAUUUUAUGCAUCCUACACAGAUAGCCUUGAGAGGCAUUCAUACAGCUGAUGAUUUUAUUAAAGCUAAACAAAGCUUGGAAGUCCCUCAACCUGGUGGUAUUUCGGAGAAUAAUCAACGGAUACUAGAGUUCUGGCGAGGUCCUCCUAGGAAUGUCGUUAAAUCUAAUUGGGAUGCUGCUAUACAUACUCAAACUAAUCGUACAGGUAUGGGUAUUGUAUUUAGAGAUGAAUAUGGAGACAUUUUGGCCAGUUGUGCAUUGGUGAGAUCUACUAUACUAGAACCGACCUUGGCUGAAGCUUUGGCUUGUUUACAAGCAGUGAAAUUGUCUGCUGAGUUGGGCUUUACUGAGUUGAUAUUUGAAGGUGAUUCUGCUGUCAUUGUUAAUGCAAUUAAUGGGAGUGUUCCAACCCGUGCUGUAUGGAGUAAAGUGAUAGAGGAAAUCAAGAGAUUGCUAGGCUAUUUCAUGAGUUGGAAGGUUGUCUUUGUGCGACGUACAGCAAAUUUGGCUGCUCAUUCCAUGGCCAAACAUGCGCUCCUCGUCCAAGACGCUCAGGUCUGGAUUGAGGAAGUUCCUAGCUCGGUUGUGAAUAUUGUUUAUGCAGAGAAGCUAGCUUGGGAAAGAGAUAUGCAAGGCCUAGGAGGAGAAUCAGUAUAA